AUGGCGGAACAUGCGUUGAUGGAGUCAACCAUUACACUUGCACUUGCGCAGCAGGAUACGAAGGAACACUGUGUCAGACAAACUGUGGUAUUCAUUUUAGAUAUAAAUGAAUGUGCAAGCAGUCCAUGUCAAAAUGGCGGCACAUGCGUUGAUGGAGUCAACCAGUAUUCUUGCACUUGCGCAGCAGGAUACGAAGGAACACUGUGUCAGACAAAUACAAAUGAAUGUGCAAGCAGUCCAUGUCAAAAUGGUGGCACAUGCGUUGAUGGCACCAACCAGUACUCUUGCACUUGCGCAGCAGGAUACGAAGGAACACUGUGUCAGACAAAUACAAAUGAAUGUGCAAGCAGUCCAUGUCAAAAUGGCGGCACAUGCGUUGAUGGAGUCAACCAGUAUUCUUGCACUUGCGCAGCAGGAUACGAAGGAACGCUGUGUCAGACAAAUACAAAUGAAUGUGCAAGCAGUCCAUGUCAAAAUGGCGGCACAUGCGUUGAUGGCAUCAACCAGUACUCUUGCACUUGCGCAGCAGGAUACGAAGGAACACUGUGUCAGACAAAUACAAAUGAAUGUGCAAGCAGUCCAUGUCAAAAUGGCGGCACAUGUGUUGAUGGAGUCAACCAGUAUUCUUGCACUUGCGCAGCAGGAUAUGAAGGAACACUUUGUCAGACAAAUACAAAUGAAUGUGCAAGCAGUCCAUGUCAAAAUGGCGGCACAUGCGUUGAUGGAGUCAACCAGUACUCUUGCACUUGCGCAGCAGGAUAUGAAGGAACAAUGUGUCAGACAAAUACAAGUGAAUGUGCAAGCAGUCCAUGUCAAAAUGGCGGAACAUGCGUUGAUGGAGUCAACCAGUACUCUUGCACUUGCGCAGCAGGAUACGAAGGAACACUGUGUCAGACAAGUAAGAGAUGCUCAAUUGUAGAAUAUUUAUGUCUCUCAUAUCAUCUACUUUUAAAAAAAACCUUGACCAUUUGUGAUUAUUACUGAGGUAUUCAUUUUAGAUACAAAUGAAUGUGCAAGCAGUCCAUGUCAAAAUGGUGGCACAUGCGUUGAUGGCGUCAACCAGUACUCUUGCACUUGCGCAGCAGGAUACGUAGGA